AUGAACAAGGCGCUGGUGAUCUUCUUUAAGGAUCCAGACUCGGUCACUAAGCUCAUUGAAAGCGGGGUUACAGUAGAGGAGGAGUUCAUUCAGGUGUCCCCGUUAGCAGUAGCUUCCACCCUGAUCACCGUGUCCGGGGUCCCUCCGUUCAUCCCCAAUGAAGCUCUGGAGAGAGAGCUGCGGCGCUUCGGGAAGUUCGCGAGUGGGUUCCGCGCGGUGGGUCUGGGCUGCAAAGACCUGAAGCUGAAGCACGUCCAGUCUCUGAGGAGACAAGCCUUCAUGUUUCUGGAAAAUGAGACCCACACACUAGACGUGUCUUUCCGGGUUCGAUAUGAGGAACAGUUCUACAUGGUGUACGCGAGCUCGGGAAGCAUGAAGUGUUUUCAGUGUGGAGAAGUGGGACACAAGAAAGUGACGUGGUGCAUGUUACUGAGUCCGAGCGUACAGCAGGGGAUGCAGUGUGGUCCUGCUCAGCAGACUGAACAGAUACAGGCUGAAUUAGACAGCAGUCAGGUUAGUGAGAUGGACGUGGAGGAUGACUAUGAAUCGGACAAUGUGUCUCUAGCUGACAGCGUCUCACAAAGCACAGAUUUAUAUUCAUUAAAGGAGGUCAAUGAGUUUUUAGAUGAAUCAUUUGGCAAAGCAGUGGAGGUGGCAGAGUAUUUCCCAGACAUUAAGAAGUUCAUCCAGACAGUCAGUACCCUCCAGAAAGAGACAGUCAAGGAGGCGGAUCUAGUGGACGUGUGGAGGAGGCAACAUCCUUCCACCAGGCAGUAUACCUGGAUCAAAAUAACAGAUGGCAGGAAAGACUCGUUUCCCUCCCUGGGUCAGUGGUGGGAGGUCGGCAAGGGUCAGAUUAAGGUCUUCUGCCAGCAGUACACUGCAUACUCUACAAGAAACAUUAAAAGAGCGAUGGAGCAGUUGGAGGAAGACAUUAAGGAGCUGGAGAGCGAAAAGGCCAAAGGAGCUCUGGUCCGAGCUCGGUUCCAGGAAUUAAAAGACAUGGAUGCACCUACCAUGUUCUUUUUUAACCUGGAGAGAUCCGUGGCCCAGGGGAAGCAGAUGGUGGGUCUCCGGCUGCCGGAUGGGAAUGUUACAUCUGAACCAGCAGAGAUGAGGAGACACGCGGUGGACUUUUAUACCGACCUGUUUGGGGCAGAGGAGUGUGACGGGGAAGCUGGGGACAUACAGGAAUUAGAGGGCAGUCUGGCAUUGUACGCAAAGGCUACGACCGCCAAGGUGAACUGGGAAAAGAGCGAGGCCAGUGUGAUUGCUGUCCUACAGGGGAAGAACUCUGAGAGUCAAGAACCUGGUUGCAGCGUCCCUGUGGCACAGACUCCAGAGGGGGGCCGUGGACUGACAGACAUCAUCUCCAGGACGGCUGCUUUCAGACUGCAGGCCGCCCAGAGGCUGCUGUACGGAUCCACACGGUGCUGGUCGGCUGUGGCCCGCCUGCUGCUCUGGAGAGCCGGGGGCCUCGGCUACGACAAACAACUGUUCCUGUUAAACUCUCCUCUACACAGACUGACUGGGCUCAGUCAGUUUUAUACCUCUGUGAUAGAUGCCUGGAGGACUCUCACCUUCACGAGGCCUCCUGACCCCACGCCUGGGAUGUGGCUCUUUGAGGAGCCACUGUUCAACAAUGGUUUCCUGGUCCUAACAUCCACAUCCUCAUCAACGACAGUACAAAACAAGUUCAGGGAGGCAGGAAUAGGGAAGCUGGGCCACCUGACACGGACAUCACUGGAGAGGCUGGGGGCGGUGACAGGGAUAAGAUCUACCAGGAUGCUGCGGAGCCUCGUGGACGAGGUGUGGCAGUCACUGCCCCAGCCUCUUCGGACCUUCGCCCAGAGCCAAAGCCAGGCUGACCAGUGGACAAGAACAGAACAAUACCAGUUUCCUGUCCUGAAUGUCCGCAGUGAGUUCUCCCUGAAGACGCACAUCAAGCUGGACACGAUGGUGAAGAACAUCAAUGACAUCGUGCCCCUCGCCCAAGGCACCAUGACGGGCCUCGCCAUCAAGUACGUGAUGAACGCAGCCUUCAUCGCGGAGGAGGGGGACAGGCCCAAGGUCCCCAACGUGGUCGUGAUCGUGACCGAUGGACGUCCUCAGGACCGCGUGGCCGAGGUGGCGGCGGAGGCCAGAGAGAAAGGCAUCGAGAUCUACGCUGUGGGCGUGGCCAGGGCCGACAUGACAUCACUGAGGGCCAUGGCGUCCCCGCCGUUUGAGGACCACGUCUUCCUGGUGGAGUCCUUCGACCUGAUCCACCAGUUCGGACUCCAGUUCCAGGACAAGCUCUGUGGUGUUGAUCUGUGUCUGGAGUCAGAUCACGGCUGUGAACACGUCUGUGAGAGUUCACCAGGCUCCUACCACUGUGUGUGUCUGCCUGGAUACACACUGAAGGCCGACGGGAAGACGUGUGCAGCCAUCGACCUGUGCGCUGUGGGGAAACACAACUGUGAACAGAUCUGCAUCAGCUCCCCUGGUUCCUUCACCUGCGACUGCAACAAAGGAUUCACACUGAACGACGACAAGAGGACCUGCUCAAUGAUCGACUUCUGUUCGUUUGGGAACCACAGUUGUGAUCACGAGUGUGUGAGUGUGCUCAACGGCUAUCACUGCCGCUGUCACGAGGGCUACAGGCUGCUGGACGACGGCAAGACCUGCCAGGCCAUUGACCUGUGCGCUGAGGGGAAACACGACUGUGAACAGAUCUGUGUCAGCGCCCCGGGCGUCUUCAGCUGUGACUGCAGAGAAGGACACACACUCAACGAGGACAAGAAGACCUGCACACCCAUUGACCUGUGUGCUGAGGGGAAACACGACUGUGAACAGAUCUGCAUUAGUGCACCCGGCACCUUCACCUGCGACUGCAACAAAGGAUUCAAACUCAACAAGGACAAGAAGACCUGCACAAACAUGGACCUGUGCAGCAGCGUGCAGCACGGCUGUGAGCACCAGUGUGUCAACACUCCUGGAUCCUUCUACUGUGUGUGUCCAGAGGAGCAGCUGCUGCAGGAGGACGGCAAGAGCUGCGGCACCUGCAAGUCGGCCAACAUCGACCUGGUGCUUCUGAUCGACGGCUCCAAGAGCGUCCGCCCUCAGAACUUUGAGCUGGUCAAAAAGUUCGUCAACCAGGUUGUGGACUCCCUGGACGUGUCCACUCACGGCACCAGAGUGGGUCUGGUCCAGUACUCCAGCCGGGUCAGGACAGAGUUUCCUCUCAACAUGUACCACUCUGCUGAGGAGAUCAAAGCUGCAGUGAUGAAGGUUGAGUACAUGGAGAAAGGGACGAUGACGGGUCUGGCCCUGAAGCACAUGCUGGAGAACAGUUUCUCCGAGGCCGAGGGCGCUCGUCCCGCCAGCCGCAACAUCCCCCGCAUCGGACUGGUCUUCACCGACGGACGCUCCCAGGACGACAUCACCGAGUUCGCCAAGAUGCCCAAAGAAGCUGGCAUCACCAUGUACGCUGUGGGCGUGGGGAAAGCUGUGGAGGAGGAGCUUCGUGAGAUCGCGUCCGAACCCGUGGAGAAACAUUUCUAUUACACCAGCGACUUCACGGCCAUCAGCACCAUCGCUGAGAACCUCAAGCUGAACGUCUGUCCAGAGGAGAGUCAGGGGGAGAUCGAGGUGAAGGACCCGUGUGCCUGUGAGAGUCUGGUGGAGUUCCAGCAGGCCACCAUGAGCAGCCUGGAGCAGCUCACACAGAAACUGGCUGGGAUGACUGCUCGUCUGGAGCAGCUGGAGAACCAGCUUCUCACCAGGAAGUGACCAGGACGCCACAGAGGAAGAAGGACGGAGUGAGGAAGAGGAGGAAGAGGAGGGCACAUCCUGGAGAGAUCCUUUAGAGCAGGAAUCAGAAAUCCCUUCUAAUCAAUGGACCAUCCAGUGUUUCCACGAAGCCUUGGGGGCCUUCAGUAGAUCUGCUGAUCUUCACCUUGAUGAGGACCACAUUUAUCUGACAGCUUGUGAUUAGGAUUCACUUCUCUGGUAAAGAUGUAAAAAAUAAAUCAUUUGUUUACUUAUUGCCUUUAAAAGACAACAGCGACAACAAUCUACGAUUCAAAAUAAACGUUUGUAGAAAAUAGAUGAAUGUUAGCAACACUGUGCAACUUUUAUUGACCAACAGCGCCCCCUGCGGCCACAUGUGGUGAUUGACUCUGUUUGGCUCUGUGUUCGAGCGAUGACGCGAGUCCCACUCACUGAACUGAAAUAUUACCCAUGAUCCUCUGCUUCCUGAACCUGAAGAGCUGCAGCUGUAACAAAUCUUCAUGUUUCACAGUUUCCUGCUGAAUCUUGGAGAUAAACUCUGGUUGUUAAUAACUUCAGAGUGUUUGUAACUGAUCUCAGUUCAGCUUCACUCUUCAGCUGCAGCUGGUUGUGUCUGUGACUCUCAGUCAGUUGUUCUCUCAGGAGAUGGAACCCACUCAGCAGAGUCACAGAGAACAGACGCUCAGGGAGAGAAGGAGGAAACUUUCUCUUGUUCACACUCACACAUCAGACUCACUUUCACCAAGCUGCUGCUUUCAGCUAGAAAAGUUGCAUAGUGUUGAUUUAAAUGCAUAUUUGUGACAACCUACAGUUUCCAUGUGUCAUCCAACAAUCAGAGAAAUCCUCCAGACAUCUACUCGUACAUCAUCAGAUACAAACAGGAGCAUAGACGUGUUGGUGUCUUUGUGAACUGGAUGUAAUCGAUGUAGAUAUUAGAUAUAAACAUAAAGAGAAAACCAUGAGCAGCAGUUUUCAACAGUCACCAACCCUCCAUCUGUUUCUGUUAGUUCCCUAUUUAUACUUGAUCUGUUUUCUACGCUUUGUUAAAUAUGAUGUAUUUAUAGCAUUUUUUUUUACCAACAGUAGACUAGUGAUUAAAGAAGUCGGGGGGGGGAGGGGGGGGGGGGGGGUGUUACCACUCCCAUUUGUCACACGUCAUGGUUUCUUGUUUUCCAGGUAGAAAAGUCAUUUUUAACUCCUGUCGGGCUUCGUAGUGAGAAGUGUUGAAACAAAGGGAAGUGUAAAGUUUCACUGGAGCUGUGGUCUGGUGUUGAUUGAGGUGUUCAUAUUAUUAUAAUCAGUAUUUUACUCUGAAUAAACGACCUUUCUUACGUAAAA